AUGAACAAAAUUCGUUAGAAUCAUUGCAUUGUUUACUAUCUGCAAUGUAUAUUACUAUUAUCAGAUAAAAACCAUGACAAAAACCUUAAAAAUUUAAUAUAAGAGUUACAUGGUAAAAUCCAGUUUAACAUUUUGUUGGUCCAAUUGAUUGGCAAGUAGCACGAGGUAAUUGAUAUUGAGAACAUGAGUUAUCAUUAAUUAAUUAAUUUAUAAAAUCAUUGGAUGCUUCUCCAGGAAAGUAUCCUAAACAUGUUUUACUACCAUUCAUAAAAAAGCCAUCAGAACAUUUCCUAAAGUAUAAAUAUUACAUAAUUUUCCAUUAUUUACUAGUAAAUACAUUGAAAAAACUAAAGCGAUUUCAAGAAGGGCUGGAAUAUAAUGAUUUAGCAAUUUAAAAUAAUCCUGAAAUUGCUGAUUUUUAUUAUAGCAAAUACGUUGAAAAUUUUAUAACGAUUUGA